AUGAUGAGCAAAGCUCUCACUUGGUCUCGAACCCGCACUAGAUCGACAGACAAUUAUUUUCCAAGCUUUGUUGAGGAGCUUGAAUACUCGUUCGGCCGGGAAGUAAAUGAACAAAUGAAGGUUGAUGAUAGCUGGAAUGCACUUGACUGCUACACAGUCUCAAGACGUCUUGUAAUGGGUCUUGUUGCAAAGCUACUGAUUGGAGAUGAUUGUCGAGAUCCGGCGAACAUCGAUCUUUUUUGUGAUUACACUGCGGAGAUGAUAGUUGGGGGCCCGUAUAUCAGAGGGUUUCCGGAAUUUCUGAGACCGAUUAUAGCACGUUCAUCUAGGGUGGUUGAGCUCUCAAAUAGAAUGCAGAACCUCAUUCUGGAUCUUAUCAAUAGACGAAAGACCAAGUCAGAAAAGAUGGAAAAGGAAGGAAAGCAGCCUGAAGACUUGACAGAUUGGUUCUGGCGGUGGUCCCAGAGCACAAACAACGAACUGAAUGAAUUAGACAUCGCCCAGCUUCUCGCCGCAAAUACAUUCGGAGCUAGUUUCAACACCACCGUGGUGCUCGUCCAAUGCAUCUGCGAGCUUGCAAUCAGACCAGAAUACGUCAAUCUAAUCAGACAAGAGGUUGUCUCCAUCCUGAAGUCCAACAACAACACUUGGACCAAAGAAGGUAUCGACUCGAUGAAGAAACUAGACAGCUUUAUCAAGGAAUCACAUCGAUACAACUGCUUUGAUCUAGCCGGAACACCCCGUGUCGUCAAGAAGGACUUUCAUUUCAAAAACGGGCUCCGGAUUCCAAAGGGUACAGUUCUUCUUACACCAAACGCGGCCUUGUUGUUCGAUCAAAAACAUGUUCGGCAUCCGUUUGAAUUCGAUGGUCUUCGGUUUUAUGACCUUGCCCAAUCGUCUGAAAACUCUGAAAUGUUCAAAUACACUUCGACUAAUCCUCAUUAUCUUCAAUUUGGAGAUGGAAGGCAUGUCUGCCCGGGUCGAUUCUUCGCCGCGGAUGAACUUCGGCUCAUUCUGGCGUAUCUGCUGUUCCACUUUGAGAUUAAAUUGCAGAGAAACUUGCCGGAGGGCUUCAAGAUUAGGAGGGACAAUUUGCCAGAUUUGGGAGUGAACAUCUUGUUGAAGAAGAUUGAGAGGUAG